AUGAUUAUUCCCAUCGCUUCUGACGUCGCCGAAGCCUUCGUGGCCAAGUUUGCCGGAAAGUCUUUCAAUCGGGAACAGUAUCUAGACCACAACCAGACUCGAUUGAUGAGCUCGACAGUUGCUUAUAUAGACUCCCUCAACAAUGAGCGUGAGAGUUUCCCCGACUCAGAGGAUGGCGAUAGUCGUGUCGUGACAGUUCCGCCGGGCUGGCAUCUUUCAUAUUUCACUCCUGGACAACCUUUGGGAGAACUGGGCAUCGAUGGGACCGACACGUCAUACAAUCCCGAUAUGCCUUACACUCGCAGAAUGUGGGCCGGAGGGUCUGUAGAAUGGCCUGGGGCUGAUCCCACGUUUGAGAAUGAGCGUGGUAAACUUAAGCUUGGCUGGACCGCCACGGAGUCAACCCGCGUGCUCUCUUGCACUCCGAAAACGAUCAAGAAGACGGGCGAGACUAUGCUCGUCGUCGGAGUUGAGAAGGAAUAUCUGGAUGAGAUUGGUUAUCAAGCUGUCAUUGAAAAGAGAAAUUGGAUCUUCCGCCGCGCUUUCGAUCUCUCGAAGCCGGCACCACCAAUCCCGCCAAGGCCUGCACUGCUAGACAAUGCCGCCCUCGAAGAACUUUCCAAAAACAAACUGGUCCGAAAAUUCUGUCGAACGACCGCGGAACUCUUUCGAUUUUCUGCUUUGACCUUCAACGGUCAUCGUAUCCACUAUGAUCGAGAAUGGGCGCAGCAGGUCGAAGGACAUAGAAACAUUGUUGUUCAUGGCCCGCUCAACAUGGUCUCUAUUCUAGACUUCUGGCGCCAUGCCCAAAGCAAGAAAGAAAUGGCUUUUCCGAAGAAACUCGAUUAUCGAGCAACUAGUGCUAUCUAUGUAGACGAGCCUUAUCGCAUCUUAAUAGACGCCGACACGGCGUCGAAGAAGGUGACGGAUGUCCAGGUCAUCAGUGAUGAUGGAACAAUCUGCAUGACUGCGCAGAUCACCAAUUGGUGA